GCACCCUCCUCCCGCCCGCGCCCCGCGCGGGCGGGGACCCACCGGUUUUGCUCCGCUUUAGCAGCGGCGAAGGGAGGACCCCCGCGAGCCGGUUCCCGGCGUCCGGUCGCCCAGCCCUUUUCAGGCUUGGGCCCGCAUGGAGGGAACUGUGGAGUCCCAGACGCCUGACCUGCGGGAUGUGGAGGGUAAGGUGGGCAGGAAGACCCCUGAAGGGCUGCUCCGUGGGCUGCGAGGCGAGUGUGAGCUGGGAACCUCUGGCGCCCUGCUGCUCCCAGGGACGCCUAGCACCGGCCACGACUUGGGGGACAAGAUCAUGGCGCUGAAGAUGGAGCUGGCUUACCUGCGAGCCAUCGAUGUGAAGAUCCUGCAGCAGCUGGUGACCUUGAAUGAGGGCAUCGAGGCAGUGCGCUGGCUGUUAGAGGAGCGGGGCACGUUGACCAGUCAUUGCAGCAGCCUCACCAGCAGUCAAUAUAGCCUGACAGGCGGGAGCCCAGGCCGCUCAAGGCGAGGCAGCUGGGACAGCCUGCCAGACACCAGCACCACCGACCGGCUGGACAGUGUCUCUAUUGGCAGCUACCUGGACACAGUGGCCCCCAGCGAGCUGGAUGAACAGGGCCCCCCUGGGGUUCCACGUUCCGAGAUGGACUGGGCAAAAGUUAUAGCUGGUGGAGAGAGGGCCAGGACUGAGGUGGAAGCGACAGCCACCAGGCUAGGGAGCUUGAGGUGGAAGCCCCCAGGGGAGAGGCUUCAAGGUGGACCACCUGAGCCACCAGAGGAUGAGAGUGCCAAGCUGGGCUUUGAGGCCCACUGGUUCUGGGAGCAGUGCCAGGAUGAUGUGACCUUCUUGUAACAACUUUUCCACCCUUUUGUAAUCUUGUGGCUCUUUUAUCCGUUAGCUGUGGUCUCCCCUAAAAUUGAUUCUCCCUCAGUCUGAGACUAGGAAGAGGCUGCACUGAAAUCA